UUAAGAUUAGAAAAAAAAUUUAAGAAGAACCCAACAGUUCAAAUACAAGACCCGCAAACCCAUAAUGAUUUUUCAUUUAAUUUGGACGCUUGUAUUGUUCAAGCAACAAAGGCAGACAGAGAAGCAGCAAAGAGCCCCCCUGGUGUAGUAGAACGUGCAUGGAUAAUGAGUAGACCUCCAACUAUUGGUCGAGGUGUAGAACCGACAGUAACUGCACGACGAGCGUAUGUAAUGCAAACACAUGUCCAGGGUCAGAUGAUUGAUACAGGUGAGUUGGUGUGCAAAAAAGUAUGCAACAUUGGAGGUGCUACUGGACAAAAUAAAGAUCAAGUUAAUCUUAGUAAUGUCAAAAAUCCCAAUCGUCAAUCUGCUGCCUGUGGUGGUGGAUCUACAUGUGAUUGA